UUCUUCAUUCUCACCAUUAGAGUUCUUACUACGAUGGGUCUUAAAGAAAUUACUAAAGCUGAAGUUUUUGGACUUCCCAAGUUCUUAGAAUGCAGCCAUGGUGGUGGUGGUGGCGGUGGGAAAAAACUUGCCCAGUAUGAUGUAUGUCAUUGCUAAUUCUAACUGGAAAUUCAAGAUUCUAAACCCAAGCAUUGAAAAUUCUUGGUGAUUAGUCAAUGAUUAUGCUUAAAUAUCUCUCCGAAGGUGGAGGUGGAUAUUAAGGCGGCAUUACAUUCCAAACUCAAAAUCCUUCACAAAUCCAAUUACUCUCUCAACCAAAUCCCUUAACUCCUAAUUCCCAAAUGGCUCGUACAAAACAAAUUGCCCGAAAAUCCACCAAAGGGAAAUCUCAGAGAAAGCAAUUAGCCAGAAAAGCAGUCAGAGAGUCAGCUCCGGCAACCGAAGGAGUGAAGAAGCCUCACAGAUUCAGGCCAGGGACAGUGGCGCUCCGUGAAAUUUGCAAGUACCAGAAAUUGACUGAGCUUUCCAACGUUUGGUUCGAGAGAGAGCUCAAGACUAAUCUCCGCUUUCAGAGUUCGGCUGUGGCUGAGCUUGAGGAAGCUUCUGAUGACUUUGGUGUUGAAAAGGAUGAAAUUAAUCAAAGGAUUUCGGGUAAAAACCUUUUAAAGGACCGAAUAUUUUAA